AACGAAUUAUAAACUAAAAAAUCGACUAGUAGAUGUUAUUAAACAGAAGAUUGUAUAACAAUUAUAUUUAAUUACUUUUAAAUUGUGUAAAUUUCAAAACAUUAAAAUAAAACAAUUCAAUAAGGUAUUAUUAUUUCCAACUAUGAAAAUAGCAAAGAACUAUUUGAGAGUUGGAUUGAUACUAACAAAGAAACAUACAAUGACAAGUACAUAAUGCAUUUUAAUUAUUUUGGUAAGCUAAUCGCACGAAUAUUGAAUUCGCCAUCCAAUCACAACAUUCGAUGGUUAUGGCACCUUAGUAUACUUUCAAAUUCAGUUCAUAUAUUAUAUCAGCCUUUAGAAAAAUUAGAAGGACUUGUAAAACAAUCAAAAAUUAGAUUAAAUGCUGUGGACAUUUCAAAAGUUAUCAUAUUUAUUAAAGAUCAAAUAAAAGUUUACUCCAAAAAAUAUAAAAAUGAAAAUUUUAAUACGACGACUGAGAUUAAAAAAUUGCUUAAAGGUUUUAAAUAAAACAAUAAAUAUCAACAAAUUGAAUUAAUUGAUGAAAUUUAUUCAAAAUUGAAAAUCCUUGAUAUGAAUAUCGGAGAAAAUUUCAAAGUAGUAGGAAAUAAUAUAGACAAUUUAUUUACACCACAAAAUCUAUUUUUCUUUGAUAUAUUUUCAAAUAAAAAUUCUGUAAAAUCACUCAUUACAGAAUGUUCAGCUAUUGAAUGGAUAAAUUGGGAAGAAUAUUUAAUUCAAAGUUUUAAAGCCGCUAUGCAUGUAUGGGUUGAUGAAAAAAAUAACUAUUUUGAACUAAUUAACUACAGAGAAACUUUAAUUAACACUGUAAAAUUAUCUUUUUAUAUUCAUAUAAAAUUACAAUCGUCAAUCACUAUAGCUUAUGAGUCUGGUAUAGAUAAGAAGAAAUAUGAAAGAUGUGACUCCUUCAUUGAUACCUCCUGGAACUCAAUGAACAUUUUAUUUAACGAUUUUAUUCAAUUUUUUCAUUUUCAAAAAGAUCCAAAUUUAAUUAAUCUUAAUAAAUUGUUUGAAACUAGAAAAUGUAAUUAUUCAUUUGCCAAUGAAGCUCACAGAAUAGCAGAACAUCAGUUUAUCCAUGGAAGUAAUUUGUAUAAUUCAAACAAAAUAAUGACACAAAAUAUUGUGAAUUUAGUAGAAAAAAAUAAAUUAAAACUGAAUGAUUUAAUCAAUUGGUCAAAAGAAAACGUUAGUAAUCUAAUGGGUUAUUUGAAAAAAGUUAAUGAUUUAUUUGAAAACGUUGACUUCGAAAUUUACGAGGUAUUUUAUAAGAUUUUUUCUAAUAAAUCUUAAAAUAAUCCCUUAUAUUGUGUUAGUUAUAUUUUUAAAAUAUAUUAUAAAUCAUUUUUAGGAUUGUCUUGAAAUAAUAAAUAUUAAAUAAAUAGGUGAUCGAUUUACCAUAAACCACUCGAUUAUUGAAUACUGAAAAUUUUUUUUUGUUUUCUUUUACUAAUAUGAUUUUUGUAUUUCUUAAUUUAUAAGCUAAUGAUUAUAUUUAUAACAUGAUUUUUAGGAAUGUUAUAAAUAAUAUAUAGUGUUCUGUAUAUAAGGAAACGGGCUUCUAUUGGUCUCAUUUUUUGUAACAAUUGACCUGUUUCCUUAUUUAACACUCUGUAUAUUAUACCUAUCCAAAAGUUGUUAAUGACGGGUUAUUUUCUUUUAUUUAUCAUUAUUUAUUAAAUAAUCUAUUUAUACAUAUGUUAUAUAUAUAGUAUAUGUUAUUGCCAUUUAAAAAAAUAAAAUUGACACCCCUUUAAGUAAUAAGGGAUGACACAAAGUAAAAAAGUACAUUUCUUUUUUCAAUAUUGUAUUUAUUUUGAGAAUAAUUCAGUUGUUUAUGAUAAAUCAAUUACUCUGUAUGUAUUAAUA